GAAAGCUGCUGCUGCAGCCGGCUCCUCCUCACCCUCUCCCCCUGCAGUGUGCGCGCUCCUCAGGUAGAGAUGUUUUAAAUCAAUGGGAGGGAGGGGGUAGCGGGUCAGGGGCUGGACGCUUUUGUUCCUCAGAAAAGGGGGCUUGUUCUUAGCAGAUCAGCCUGCCAGCUUUAACCGGGGGUGUGUAGGAUUGACAGUGGAGCGGUGUGGGAUGAACUGAGAGAGGAGCCUGCAAUCCUGCCACAACCCAGCGGAGCAGCAUCUAUCUACAGCCUGCUCUACAGCGAGAGCACACACACCUGAGGGCCGUAGAGCAGCGAGGAUCCGCCGCACAGCCCGGACCAACUGCCCGCAGCUCCCCCCCAAACUUAACCGCGCAGCUCCGCUCCUGCAAGUGCACCCAGCCUGCAGCGCGGAGCCUCUCAUGGACAUUUAUCCUCUGAGGGAUGUGUCCUCUCCGUCAGCACCUCUGACCUAACUGUGGACUUCGGAGUCUCGGGUCUCGAGAGUUUGAUCAGUGACGAAAGGAGCUCUGAGAGGAUCCUGGUGAGAAUAUACUGGAAGAGCUUUUCACCUCCAUCCAUCAUGAGAGCCCUCCCAUCCGGACUGAGCUACCUAUGUCUACACUUAUUUGCAUUGUGCUACUAUGCUCAGGUAACCAAUCAGUCCCCGCCUAAUUUCACGCAGCAUGUAAGCGAGCAGAGCAAAGUGACGGACCGCGUGAGCCGCCGGCUGAUCCGGAUCUACCAGCUGUACAGCCGCACGAGCGGCAAGCACGUGCAGGUCCUGCCCAACAAGAAGAUCAACGCCAUGGCGGAGGAUGGAGACGUACACGGUAAGAGUUCAACUGGAUCACUUUUUAUUUUAAAAAUGUGUUCUUUAAAAAAUAUUUGUAUAGGCUAGUUAAGCAAAAUACGUUUUUUGAAAUAUUCCAAAAAUGCAAAAAGUAUUAUUGUUCUCUUUUACCUCCACUCCACUGAAUAACAUCUCUUUAAUUGUCCUCUCAUCGCGACACUUCAGGCUCAAGGGUUUAUACAUUUCGCCUGUGGACUGCAAUUGUAUAGUACUUAACAAAAACAUUUCUUUGUUAAAAACAAUACUGAUGGGUUUACAGGACUAAUGUGUCGGUUACUUCUACACUUCCUUUUUUUCUAUGUUAUCCAUGUUUGACUUUUACUGUUUUGAUUCACUUUUACUUUUUACUACUGACAUUUCAGUGUCUGUGUGUGUGUGUGUGUGUGUGUGUGUG